CCCUGCCUGUUCAGUUCAGGUUUUUCUCAGUUGCUAUCUAGCUCUCUGUGGGGCUUAGGGUGGCCUGUUGUCUGCCCUUUGAGCCCCUUGGAUUUCUGUGGGGUGGAGCUUUCAUGAUAUUCUUCCCAACAGCCCAGUGAGGCUUUCUCUGAAGGAGUGCAUCUCACCCUAGUGCGUCUUCUAAGCUAGUUAAAGCUGAUGAUACGAAGAUUUAUCCUAACCUCAAGUCCAACGUCAGCCUUUCUAUCUGAAGACCCUUAAAACCUGGUAUCUACUCUUCCAGGCAGGAGCGUUCGAGCAUAGGAAGGCUAGGCAUGGCGGAAAAACUGGGACUCGUGGCUGCUACGGAUGAACCCAAUGCCUUGAAUAUCCUCACUCUCCUGGAACGUGUGGCUGGGAUCAUUGACAAUGUGCAUGCGUGCCAGCAGCGCAUGGAAGAGAGACAGCUGGAGGUGGAGAACAAUGUCAAGUCAAUCCAGGAAGACGUAGUGAAGCUGACCAAAGAGCACACCACUACCAGCGGCAUCGUGGAAAAGCUACUGGAGAAAACGCGCAAAGUGAGCUGUCACAUCAAGGACGUGAGGGUCCGCAUAGAGAAGCAAAACAUACGCGUCAAGAAGGUGGAAGAAACGCAGGCUGAGCUGCUCAACAAAAACAAGUUCCGUGUGGUGAUAUACCAGGGUGAAAAUGAGGUCCCAGCUGCAGCAGGCCCUAAGGACACCCCGAAAGGAGCAGCAGGUGGUGAGGCAUCUGUAGAUCCAGCUGGAUCCGAGACCUUAAUUCCCGACUCGGAUGAGGAAUACAUGGUCGUCGAAGAAGCCGACUCCACGGCGGCCAAGAUGAAGAAGACCGGCCUGAAGCGCAUCGAGAGUCUGAAGAACACCUUUUCCCGUGAGAACAUGACCAAGACCAGGGAGAAUCUGGGAACCAGGGUUAAUAAGCUGGGGGAGCGUAUCGUGACAGCCGAGCGUCGUGAGAAGAUCCGCCAGUCGGGUGAACGCCUGAAGGAAACCAUAACCAAGAACGUCCCGGCGAAGCUGAACCUGAAGAAGGAGAGGACUGUGGCUGAGGGUCAGGAGGGGGCAGAGGGUACCACAGAAAGCGUAGCGCCCAUUCCGCCACCCAAGGGGCGUAAACCCAGUCCAAACGUGGCCUACACAGAGCCCACACCAAAGAAGGAAGGAGCAGAAGGAGGCAAAGCGGAAGAGCCCGAAGUGAAAAUGUAUGACAUGAAGGAGCGUUCAUAAGCAGCAAGACAUCAGUGGACUCGAAGGAAUAUUCGCAGGUUUGGGUCAAGAGUUUUACAGUUCCUGAUGGAAACAGACUUGUAGCACCUGGUGGUAACACGGGUCAGAAUUUACAGUAUGGACUUGGACAUGUUGCUUGGAAUAAUAAUGGAUAUUUAACGAUUAAGAUGAAUAAUGAUGUGAGAGGGAACGAGUGCACUGGGGGAGUCGGGUUCCUCCGACUCGCCCGGGCAAGCAACUACUCUAGAUUUUGCAUGCGACAAUAUUUGUGUUAUGUCCUGUGCUGUUGCGUUGAAAUUCUCUUUUACUAACCACGGUCUUCUCACCUAGCCAUUUGAAAUAAACAAAAUCAACUCGA